AAGAAACUGGUAGAGGGAAAAGUCAAGUAUAUUGGUCUAUCUGAAGCCAGCCCUAACACAAUAAGGAGGGCACAUGCUAUCCAUCCAAUCACAGCUCUACAAAUGGAGUGGUCUCUCUGGUCACAUGAUAUUGAGGAAGAGAUAAUCCCACUUUGCAGGGAAAAUGGAAUUGGAAUAGUUCCAUACAGCCCUCUUGGUCGUGGCUUUUUUGCUGGCAAAUGAGUUGUGGAAUAGUUUCACCAAUAAGACACUACAGUUCUCGAUUUUGCUUCUUUCAGAAUCUUGCUUAACCGUGGCUGUUUAUUGUCUUAGAACUUACUGUUUUUUAUUCCGCUUUACUAUGAGAUACUAUAACUACUGUUUUUAAUGAUGAAAAAUGGAUGGAGUGAUGAAUUUAUCUUUAGAGAAAUGAUUGUUCCUUGAAUCUUUUUGUGUACUUGUUAUGGCAUGACUGUCGAGAGAUGUCCGGAUAAUCCGAUGCUUAGUUGUCAUGAGAUUUUAGAUGGGAAGCCUGGUAAAUACGUGUGGCAAACUUAUAAAGAAGUGUAUGAAUUGGUAAUUAAAGUGGGAAAUGCUAUGCGAAGUUUUGGCUUUGGGGAUCAGACGAACCCUUGGGCUGAAAGUUGGCAUCAGAAGAACCCCACAUAUGGCAUUCCUUGGCAAUCCUGGAUCAGGCGGUGGAGGUCGACUCGAUUAUGGAGUUCAUAUCGUAUCUGUUGAGCUGAUCUUCUCUGUCUGAUGAAGUUUUGAGGUCCAAACUGGAGUCCCCCAUGUCGGUUAUCUCCACUACCUCCCCGAUGUCAUUUUAUUCAAAACAGGUUAGUACGUUUUUUUCCAUAAUUUCCAUUAAUCCUUAAUGGUUCCUUAAUUAAACAAACAAUUAGGUUGAUUAUUAAUCAUAAUCAAAUAAUUUAUUUAUUCAACUAUAAAUUAAGACCACUUUUGAUGCUGUAGGGAUAGAUAUUUUGGUAUGCAAUGAUCUAUUUGGCUUGCGAUGUUUA